UCGCCGAGGUCUGCUCUGCUGUGGCGUUGUUGGAACGCGCUCGGACAAGUCAGUUGCAGUUAGGAACGUAGUAGGAAUUGGUUGUGUUUUCUCGUCAGUACCCAGUGGUGACUUUCAGACUUGAAGUGUGACAAAAGACAUUUUAAUUGUUUGUGACAAGUAAAACUGACAUCGAAAAACAAUCGUAUCCAUUAUCAUGGCUGAGAAACCAAAGCGUCCUCUAUCGGCUUAUAUGCUGUGGCUGAAUUCGGCCCGUGAACAGAUCAAGAAGGAAAAUCCAGGAAUAAAAGUGACAGAAAUCGCCAAGAAGGGCGGAGAGCUGUGGCGCGGAAUGAAGGACAAGAGCGAAUGGGAGUACAAGGCAGCCAAGAUGAAGGAUGAGUACAACAAACAGAUGCAAGAUUUCGAGCGAAACGGUGGCAGCAAGGAUGCCGGAACCAAGAAAAAGAAAGGUGCAAAGAAAGUUGCCAAAAAGAGCAAAAAGAAGGAUUCGGAGGAUGAAGAUGACGAGUCUGGAGAUGAGAGCGACUGAACUAAUCACUACUAACGUUAAAAUAAUUAUUUUUAAUUUAUUGUGUAAAUGUUCGGGGCCUUACUUCAACUACAAAUCACAGCA